GGGAAUAUUGCUGUGAAGAGACUUCAUUCUUCAUUUCAGAAUACACAUCCCAAAAGCUUCAUCAAUGAAAUAAGGGCAUUGACUGGGAUUAAGCACCGAAACAUUGUGAACCUCUAUGGCUAUUGUUCGAAAGCACAACAUUCACUCUUGGUUUACGAGUAUGCGGAGAGGGGGAGUUUGUCUAGUACUUUGAGUGAUGAAGUUGAGUCCAAGAAAUUGGAUUGGCUUAAAAGGGUGAAUAUCAUCAAGGGUGUUGCUUUUGCUUUAUCUUACAUGCACCAGGAUUGUUCACCACCCAUUGUUCAUCGAGACAUAAGUAGCUGUAAUGUUUUGCUUGAUUCUGAGUAUGAAGCUCGUGUUGCAGACUUUGGACUAGCGAAGAUUCUCAAUCCAGACUCAUCCAAUUGCACUACACUUGCAGGCACAUAUGGCUAUGUCGCACCUGAGCUUGCAUAUACUAUGAAGGUUACGCAAAUGUGUGAUGUGUAUAGCUUUGGAGUAUUAUCAUUGGAGAUAGUCAAAGGAAAGCAUCUUGGGGAAUACAUUACUGUGCUAGCAAAUUCAUUGACUAUAGAUCCUGAGCAGCUUAGCGAUUUGCUGGAUGAACGCCUUCCAUAUCCUGAAGAUAGAGUAAAAGAUGUUUUGGUUUUAUCAUCAAGCUAGCAUGCUCUUGUUUCCUUGAAACUCCAAAAUCAAGGCCAACAAUGCACUUCAUUUCUCAUAAGUUAUCAUCAAUGGAUGCACGUCCACCUAUUCAUCAGAGA